CUAACAUAUGUGCUUGCCAAGAUGCAAUCCACCGCCGGCGGCACUGUUCCUGCAUCUACCAUUCAAAAAUUCAAGAGUGCAUUCUCCAAGGUGGUGCCAACGUACGCGGGCAAUCUGCAACAGGAUGCCUUCGAAUUCAUGGACUAUCUUCUGGACCUUUUGCAUGAGGAGACAAAAACCUGUUUGCAGGUGUCUGAACCCCACCGCCGCAUAUCGGUCCUGAAUCCCACCUCACCCAUCAAGGAGAAUUUUGCACAAAAUCCAUCAGCACCGCCACAACACUCCGACGAGAUUAAGGAAAAUACCUCCAGUCGCAGUGAAAGGCCGUCCCUCUCCGAAGCUGACAGAACAGUCGCCAAAGAAACCAAACGCUCGAUUAUCAGACGAAUAGUGCAUCGCUUGAGGCACAGGUCCCGUUCUUCCUCAAAAACCAGAAGGUCAAAGCGUGCCGAAGGCGCGUCUGAGAACGGUGGACAUCUGUAA